AUGCUCUUGUCUUUGGCAGUCGCCAGCCUGGUGGCGCUGGCUAAUGCAGUACCUACUGCUGAUACUCUAAAAGUAUGCGACUACCUAUACAACACCUACCCUCGAUACAUGGCCUACGAUCCACUCAGCAUCAAUGCUCUGAGAACCGCUGCGAAUGCCUCACGAUGGAUCGACACGAACCGAGUAUACUGGAACAACCAAAACUCAUACGACUAUCGAUCAGCAUGCACAUUCUUCCCUGCCAACGCACAGCAAGUAUCGAACCUCGUCAAGAAGCUGAAUGAGUUCCCAUCUGUCAAGUUCGCCAUCAAAGGCGGAGGACACAACCCUGCUCCUGGGUUCUCUUCCACAGAUGAAGGAAUUCUGAUGGCUUUCGAAGUCAACCUUGGGUCUGCUACCCGCACAGAGGACGGAAACCACUUCAUCGUUGGUCCGGGUGGAAGAUGGGGUGAUAUCUACAAGAUUACCGGACAAACGAAUCAGAUCGUCGUCGGUGGUCGACUGGCACAUAUCGGUGUUGGUGGCUUCGCCCUGGGCGGAGGUCUAUCUUACUACUCUGCUCAAUACGGUCUCACCUGCGACAACGUCGACCAAUGGGAAGUCGUACUGGCAGACGGCACAGCAGUCAAUGCAACACGAACAGAGAACACCGAGCUCUGGUGGGCCCUCCGAGGCGGCGGAAACCAGUUCGGCAUCGUAACUCGCAUGUGGAUGCAAGCCCAUCCCGAAGGCGUCAACGGACAAGUCUGGGGAGGUCUCCGCGCCUACACCCCCGACAAACGUGAAGCCCUCUUCCGCGCUGUCACAAGAUUCAUCCGCGACUACCCCGACGCCAAAGCCGCCGUCAUCCCCGUCUUCCAAUUCGGCCUCCCACUCAAUCUCCUCAACGCCAUCACCGGCCCCAUAAUGUUCAUGUUCUACGAUGGCCCUACACCACCACCAGGCCUGUUCGACGAAUUCGACGCCAUCCCUUCCCUAUUCUCCGAAACCGGCACAAAACGCUACGCAGAAGUCGCAGAAUCAGCAGGAGGUGCUGCGAUCGUCGGCUUUGGGAACUCUUUCCGUGUCAUCACAUACCCCAAUCUCCCAGAAGACCAACAAGUCGAAUUCUUCUCCCACUACUACGAUGCAACCUACAACAAAACCUUCAUCGACGGCCUCGAAUCCGGUCUCGACAUCCAAAUCACAGGUUUCGAUCCCCAACCCGUCUCCGUCCGCAUCGCGGAAGCUUCGCAACGACAAGGCGGUAACGCUUUAGACCUCCGUCCAGAAUACGGCGAUCGGAUCUGGUUCGAAAACAAUUUCCUCUGGGCGAAUCCUCUCUGUCAAGACCGUUGUCCAAAGUACUCUGAGGAGCUUUCGGAGUCUCUGUUGGCGUAUCAUAAGGAGAAUUAUGCUGGUAUCGCUCCGACGAAUUAUCAGUCCGGUGAUGUGGAGACUGUUAGUUAUAGUCCGCUGUUUAUGAAUGAUGCGGCGCCGAAUCAGGAUGUGUAUUCGAGUUAUGGAGCGGAGAGUUUGGCGAGGCUGCAGGCGGCUAAGCGACAGUAUGAUCCGAAUGGGUUCUUUACGAAUAGGCAGGGUGGGUUUAAGUUGCCUGCGUAG